CCUAAACGCAUCACAUGGCAAAAUACUGUAAAUAGGAUUCUUGUCCGUGUUAGGUGGCGGUCCAACUAACUUUGAAGCUAACAAUGCCUGGGAAAUGUAAAUUCCAGGACUCCUGGCUGACAAAGGACGCUUUCAAGGACUGGCUGGUCAAAGACGCCGAUGACAUUCAUUUCGCUCGGUGCAGGGCCUGCUGCAAAUCAAUCAAACUUCAGACCAUGGGCGAGGCUGCCCUCACCAGCCACGCAGGCGGAGCUGGCCACAAAGCUGCGGUCCGAAAGCUGCUGGAAGGUGGUUUAAUAGGCGAUGCAAGACAGAUGAACGGCAACACAAAUCUGGUAGAGAAGAGCAAGGAGCAAAUGACCCUUGCCCUCCAGCGUGAAGCUUUGGACAGAAUCACAGGCAGCGACUGGUCAGACCUGCGUCAGAGUCCCUCCACAAACUCCAGUUCCCACAAUGCAGAGCUGCAGGAUGCAGCCUUUCCUGUUGCGUACUUCUCAGUCCCAGGAACCUCGAGAACCAUCAACCAUCAGCUUCAUCCGUCCGACAUCAAGGAGGAGGAGGUCAGCCGCCGCCUGACCCCUCAUGACUCUGUGGACUUUUCAAGGCUGGAGCUUCAGCAGCGGACAGAGGCUUUGGAGCAGCUGGAUCAGAUGAAGAUCCUGGAGUGGGAAAACCGGAUGAAGGUACUUGCCUGGGAGCAGGAGCUGGUCAGGGAGAAGAGGAAAGCAGCUCGACAGAAGGAGAAGGCCUUCAGGAUGAAAAAGGCCUAUUACAAGGCCAAACUAAAGAGGCUGGGUGAAGACGUGCCGCCGUCCUCCUCCAGCAGUGGUGAAGAAGAUGAAAAAAUAUCUGAGCUUAACGGUUGAUCUGAUCUUUUUCAUACUUGUUUCAUUCUCGUGUGUUUGUCUAUAAUCUUUGGGACUAUUUUUGAUAGAUUUCUAUAUCGAAGGUUCUGGUGUGGGUUAGUGAAAAUAGACUGUGGGCAUCAAAAGUCAUAGAUUGGAUAUUCACAAUACGGAACCCAAAAAAAACCUUUGGGUUCCUAGGCGGUCUGGAAAAGUCUGGAAUUUGAUUCAGGUUGUUUUUCCAAGAAUGGAAACGACUGAAAAAAAAUCUAAAUAUUUGUCUUUCCUUCCCUCCCUCAUGUUCUACCUUCCUUCAUUCAUCCUUCCUUCUGUCCUCAUGUCCUACCUCCUUCCUCUCUUCCCUGCAUUCUUGCAUCCUUCAUUCGGUUUUUAAUUUUCUUUAAACAUCUCUUGUAGAAAAAUCUGCCAUACAGUCUUGGUAAAUGUUAGCAUUUUAUAGUUUAAAGUGAAAGUAAAGGCUGAGUCUGGAAGUUUUACAUGAAUAACAACCAUGAUGCCAUAUGUACUGUGACAUGGCAGUGACAGUUGUCAGUUCGAAUCCUCACUCCGUCUGUCUCAGUCGUCGUGUUCUUGGGCAAAACGCUUCACCUCCCCGGUGGCGGUCAGAGCUCCCGGUGGCGGUCAGAGCUCCCGGUGGCGCUGAAGCAUGUGGAUGGGUGAAUGAUUGUAGUGUGGAGUGUUUUGGAGUUCUCUGGACUUGAUGAAGCUCUACACAAGUACAGGCCAUUUAACGUGCAGGAUUGCACAGGUUUGUGUGUGACGGCAGCUGGUUGUGUGGCUGCUUUCCUUACAAAAAACAACAACACAACUCUUAUUUGGAAAGAAGCAGUUCUAAAGUGACUGUGGUACUGAUGUUCAAACACAAAAAGGCACUGUUGUGAAGUAGAAAAAACUAUAUAUUUGAUUACUUUGUGAAAUGCACAUUAACCACAACAGUAAUGCUGUAUCUGCUUUUUUUUUAAACAUAUUGGCAUUGUUUUUUUUUGUUGCAUUAUGUUCUUUUAAGGUAAUGUGUUCUUUAUAGUUGCUUCAACUGAUGCAUUCGGUUUAUUCUGAAUUCGUUGGUCGUCUCUAAAUGCAGUUUUUAACACUCUUAUUGAGCAUGUUAUUAGAUUUUGCUGUUAAAAUCAACAUGUGUUGGUUCAAAAAAUGUAAUUUUCAUAAACAAAGGAAUGAAAAGUAAAAUUUC